UGCCUUCUCUGUCCAGACAUGGAUGGUGCCAUUGUAAUACCACUACUUCAUUUAGCAUAGUCAUGCUGCCCUGCCAAAGUGCAGUAUCUGUAACUGAGAUGUAUAUCAUGGCAUAAAUUACCUAAAAAUAACAUUUAUCUAAUUCUUACCUGUGCAAAUAACAUGUUUGACUGGCCAAAAACUACAAUGUCUGUAGUGCACUUUGGCUUUGAAGAGUGAAAUGGGGAUGACCUGUAAGGAGAUAUCAUGAGUAGUUCUCAUUUCAUCCCUAGCCCUUCGAAGAUGAGUAGAGAGGCACUGUGAUCAGUUGUACAGUUCCCAAAUGGUGGGACAGCAGUAGUUCUAGAGAGCUGGUUUAAAGCUGAGGAACAGACGCUGUUAUGGCCCCCAAAACACAUAACACUCAAGAAAGCCCUUCGAGACGGAAUGCAACCAGACGACAAAUGGAUCACCUAUACGGAUGUACGAGUCCUCAUUACGUGUGGUGAGUAACUGGUGCAACACAUGCACAGCUGUUCUACACAGUCGUGCUGUCAUGUUAUAGAUAAAUCAGCUCAAUAUUUCCUUCUUUUCAAGUAUGUUUAUCUAUUGGGACAUGACAUUACAGAUGCAAAAGUUUGUUUAGGAGGCUACAUUAAACCAAGUAAACAAUAUAUAUAAUUAUAACAAUGCGCUGGUACCUCAGAGGUCCAGCUGAGAUGUUUUGUGUAUGUAAAAUCAGAGAAGACAAAUGUGAGGAGGCAAAUAGUGAUUGGCCAGAAUGAGAUGAUGUAUGAUAGUAGCGCUUCACACAGGUGUGAUUGUUCUGUUUUUUGGGAGUUGGGAAGGAGCUGUUAGGGUAGUUCUGCACUGGACUGCAGACAUGCAAAUUGGCAUUUACCCUCUGCUCUUUACAGAGACCCUUGAUGAGGCGAAAAAACGAGAGACAAAAUAUAACACCACAAUGUGUCCAACAUCUGAAAUUGAAUCUCAUGAUGAAGGAGCUAUCCGCCAAAAAAGAAUAUCCAGGCCAAAUCAGCAGUUUAUGCAUUCUGAUUCUGAAGACCAUCAGAGUAGCAGUGCAAAAAGAAAGCGUUUUGCCAAACCACCUGAUGUUGGAUGUCCAGUAGAUCUUGUUGCUAGCAACUACCAACAAUCACUAGCUGAUGAAGUUCUUAAUGCUGAGAUGCCAGGUUUUGCUACAGCCCACUGUGUCCAGUACCACAAGUUGCAGAAUCCACAGCGACAAAGUACAAGUAUUGGGUUGUCUGGAUGCAGCUCAAGGCAGUAUAACCAUCGCCCUGGUCUCUCACAAUGUGCACAAAAUAGGCUGCCAUUGGAUAUAUCACAGACAAACUCCGACCAGAAUGAUGUAUUGGAUUCAGCGCCUAAUCAAGGUUUCGAAGAUGCAACCACACAAAGGGCCAGCAAUAAUGGGCAGCUUUUGAGAGGCAAACCUCGCUAUCCAUAA